CUCGCUCGCCCAACCCCACUGCAAGCCGGCCCCAGGCCGCCUCGCCGCCACCCGGCCUCGCUGCGCGCCACCAUGGACAGUCCCGUUUUCCCCUGGUAAAGAUGGCGGUGCGCGAUCGCUGCAACCUUUAGACUAAUGACUGUCCGAAACAUCGCCUCCAUCUGUAAUAUGGGCACCAAUGCCUCUGCUCUGGAAAAAGACAUUGGACCAGAGCAGUUUCCGAUCAAUGAACACUACUUCGGAUUGGUCAAUUUUGGAAACACAUGCUACUGUAACUCCGUGCUCCAAGCGUUGUACUUCUGCCGGCCGUUCCGGGAGAAUGUGUUGGCAUACAAGGCCCAGCAAAAAAAGAAGGAAAACCUGUUGACGUGCCUGGCAGACCUUUUCCACAGCAUUGCCACGCAGAAGAAGAAGGUUGGCGUCAUCCCACCAAAGAAGUUCAUUUCAAGGCUGAGGAAAGAGAACGAUCUCUUUGAUAACUACAUGCAGCAGGAUGCUCACGAAUUUUUAAAUUAUUUGCUAAACACUAUUGCGGACAUCCUGCAGGAAGAGAAGAAACAGGAAAAACAAAACGGGAAAUUAAAAAAUGGCAACAUGAAUGAACCGGCAGAGAAUAAUAAGCCAGAACUCACCUGGGUCCACGAGAUUUUUCAGGGAACACUCACUAACGAAACUCGAUGCUUGAACUGUGAAACUGUGAGUAGCAAAGACGAAGAUUUUCUUGACCUCUCUGUUGAUGUGGAACAGAACACCUCCAUCACCCACUGUCUGAGAGACUUCAGCAACACAGAAACGCUGUGUAGUGAGCAAAAGUACUAUUGUGAGACAUGCUGCAGCAAACAGGAGGCUCAGAAGAGGAUGAGGGUCAAAAAGCUGCCCAUGAUUCUGGCCCUGCACCUAAAGAGGUUCAAGUACAUGGAGCAGCUCCACAGGUACACCAAGCUGUCUUACCGGGUGGUCUUCCCUCUGGAGCUCCGGCUCUUCAACACCUCCAGCGAUGCUGUCAACCUGGACCGCAUGUAUGACCUGGUUGCUGUCGUCGUUCACUGUGGAAGUGGUCCUAACCGUGGGCAUUACAUCACCAUCGUGAAAAGUCAUGGCUUUUGGCUAUUGUUUGAUGACGACAUCGUAGAGAAAAUAGAUGCUCAAGCCAUUGAGGAAUUCUAUGGUCUAACGUCAGACAUAUCAAAAAAUUCAGAAUCCGGAUAUAUUUUAUUCUAUCAAUCAAGAGAAUAACUUGGUGGAACGUGAGACUAAUUCAAGCAGGGAGAUACUCAAAGCACUAGAGCCUUGUUUCUCUGCAGACCUCCCUUCCCCCAGCGGCCCACUGAUGUUAUCACUCUGAUGCCCACUGGUCUGGCAGUGUUAAACUUCCUUCCUUCGUGUUUUUACAUGCAGCACUACUCCUGGUUCUGUUUUGGUCUGAGGUAGAGUUAACUGUGGUCAGAUUAUAGUUGGAUUUGUAACUGUUGCUAAUUUUAAGAUUGGGGUGAAUGUAUGCCGUUUGUCAUGUCUGACUAAACUAGAGUGAUAUCGCCUGUAAAUGUCACGGUCCAUACUGAGUGUUUGGUAGGCUUCCUGAAUGGUUUCUGGGGCCUCCUUUCCAUGCAUUCCUUCGAUAGGUCCCUGGAAGCAUUGCUACCGUUGUUAGCAUUCCUGUCUCCUCUGAUGGGAGGAGUUGGGUAGAUAGAUAUUCAUCUGUUAGGGCUGCAACCAUAGCUUUAAGUUUGUGCUAGUGAAAAUGUUUUAAAGUGAGUGGCCUAGAUGCCGAAAUCAUCCUCCACAUUGGAGCAAGGUGAGGUAGGGCUGUCAUUGGUGGCCGGUGUUUGCACCCAGCUGUGCUUACCUAGCUGGUAGAAUCCCAGGGGCUAAGGCACUGUGGAGCUCAGGGCAGGCAAAGCCAAGAGGAAGAUGUUUUUGUGGUCAGUGAAAAGUUACUUAUCUUUCUACCAAAAGCCACGUUUCAGGAAAAGAGCGCAAUGCUGUUCAUUUUUAGUAAUAAUUUUCUUCCAUUGGGUCCUGUAGUUGUAUUUUUCUCCUAUUUGGUACCACUAGGCUUUUCAAGGUGCAUUUCCCGUACUGCGGAUGUUUUGCUUUGAGUGGUACCAGGGCUGAGACACCAGCUGACUGCCUCUGGCAGGUCUCUCUCUAGCCAGUCAACACCAACAUCUGUCCUAGAUGAGGAAGAUGAAUCAAAAAACUCUGUUCAGCAGAUUAUACUGCUUCUCCUCCUCUUCCUCCUCCUCCUCCUCUUCCUCCCCCUUUUUCUUCCUCCUCCUCUUCCUCCUCCUCUUUCUUCACAUUCAGUCUGUUUAAGGAGGCACUGGUGAGUCCCAGGGAUGAAACAUUACUCUCCCUGAAGGGAAUGCUGGAGUUAGUGGAGUGUGUGGUGGAUCACAGGAAGUGUUAGGAGGUGGGCGGAGGGCUAAGAUGGCGGCUGUUUCUCUGGCUCAGAUUCCUAGAAUGCUUGACAAGACAGUUUCCUGGAAGAACCUCGUCUUACCAUUUUCCCCUUUUGUUAUGUGUAUAUUUAUUAGAGCAUUUGCAUAUUGGUACCUUUUAUUAAAAGGGUUGCUUUGGUGUCUUGCCAUCGAAUGGAUCUUGGUUUUCCUAGUCCUUGGCUUCCUUUGGGACGUCAGUUGACUUCCACACACUAUAAUAUACUGUGAACGUGUUACGUUGUGAUGUAAUACGUCGGCGAAUGAACAUGCAAACUCUUGGCGUAAUGUGAACUGAAACUGCAGUUGAAAAUGUCAGUGGCCAUUGUGCAGCAACGAAGAGGAUAGCACUUUAUCUAGGUGAAAACUGGACUUCUCCUUUCUGAAAUAUCUUGAAUUGUUUGUGACUCAGAACUUAAGCAUGCUGACGCUUCCUCCGUUCAUGCUUGAAGGGACAUGUUUCAUUCUUCAUUGGAGCAGACAAAACAGGGUUAUGUCAUGUUACUCUCUUAUGCAAGUGACGAAAACGGACCUUGCCUUGGUUAGAGGCAAUGCAUAUUUAUAAAUAUUUUGUCUUUUUUUCCCCUCCAUGGAGCAUAUUUAUUAAUCGCUUACAUUGGAGGUGAACCUUCAUUCUUCGAGGAGAGGCACUUUUCAAGUGUAAGUGAUUGAUGGCCUGAGGUGUUCGGACACAUACAGCCAUAUACUUGACUGUGAGUUACAAAGGUUAAGAAAAUGGCUACUGGUUUCUAAUAUAUUUGGAACUGAUCAUAGAACAAAACCUAUUAAAACUAUCUUUGAAACAACUCUCGCAGCUAAUUUAUUAGACAAAGAAAAAUGUUUCCAUGGGAAGCCCAAAUGCUAUUUUAAGGUUCUUUUCUUUCUUUUUCUCCCUUCCUCUUGUUUCUGUGAGCAUGUAAAGUUCUCCCCAGCAAUGUAACCAAAGUCAUUGCUUUUAAUGGAAAAAGUAAGUUAAAAUUCAGAAUUCACGAAGAGGUUUUGGAACAGAAGGAGAUGAGGGUGAGGCUAUUGCACUGACGUUCAGUUGGUUGUGUGGUGCCUGAAUAGAAGCCUGGAGAAGACCAAGACUCUAUCGACACUCCGUUGGUUUUUCAAACGUAGAACUAUCUGGUAAUGACUUAUCUCUUUGUCAGUAAAGAAAACACCAGGCAGCUCUGUCCCAACCCCCAUCUUCUUUUUUUUUUUCCAUAGAGAAGUCAUGUUCUAACUUACUGUCCCUGGUUCCUAGCAUUAAGCAGGGAAUGACAGUGGCUGUGGGACACAGGAGACCAAUUCCAGGUCACAGACAUAGCACAAAGACCCAGCAACAGUCCCCAAGGGGGGUUCAUAUGCCCUUUCUCCAGCAGGAGUGAGUAAGCCUGCUGAAUUUUUCUUAAUUUCUGUAAAAGCUGGGUAUUUAAAAAGAAAAGUGUCUUUCAAGAGACUAAAAAUUUUUUAAAAAAAUAAACGAAAUGUUUCUUUUAUCGGUUAUUUGCUACUUUAACGUCUAGAGUAUGGUGCAGAAUGGUAAACCUUUUGUUUCAAAGCAAACGUUAGUCAAAUGGUGGUGUGCAUAGUUUUACUACAUUGAUGCAGCUUUUUCCAUUCCAAGGCAUCAUCAGGUAGACUGACUUGAGGAGAGCCAGGAAUACAAUCAGGGUGUCAGUCAGAAUAGGAAGCCAUUCCCACAUGGCUUUGUGUCCUGAUUAUAUUUUGGGCUUGACGUAAGAUGGGGAAUGAUAGAAAUGGUCCCUGUGCGUUGUUUUCACGGGAACCCUUAAUCUAAUGGGCAUGCCUAACUUGAAAGUCUGUUCUAACUGGCGCUUAAGGCUUAUUUUAGAUACUGGAGUGUAGCUUUAUUAUGGAUGGAGUCUAUCUUUUAAACAUUUCAUUUUGAUCAACUUUGUAUAUUCAUGUGUAUUAAAAUAUCGUGCACUAAAUGUCCCCCACCCCAUCCCCCAGUUUGCUGUAUCUGGUCAGGGCAUUUGCCAGCACCGAUGUGAUUAGCUCAUGCAAAUGGCAUGGGCCAGAGAAAAUUAUUGCCUAUUUUUCUGCCUAAUUAAAUUUCUGUUUUCUAGUAUUACAUUAAUUUAUUUUUGACUCCUAUUUCUGUAACCAAAAUAGUUACUGUAUGUGUGUGGCAUUCACUUGAUUUUUGUCGCUUAAAAAAGAAAAAAAAAGCCUGUAGUUUUUAUUUAAAAUCA